AUGGCCGAAAGAGUGUCAUCUAUACCUAUAAAUGGAUUAAAUGAUUAUCAAAAUGAACAUUAUUAUGAAAAUAAUGCAGAAAUGGUAAAGAAUUGGAUUAGUACUGGUGGAAAUCCCGGCUCACUGAGUCGUAAUAGUCGAAAGGAUACAAAAACAACUUCAAUUCAAAGUUCUAAAGAUCACAAGAUACCCUCUAUUCCACCACGACAGCCAUCAACAAAUGGAACAAAACCAUUCCUAAAACCUCCGACUAUAGAUCUCACACCAGCAGAAAGUAUCAUAGAAGACGAUAUUACCAUACCAAACGAUGCCUGUUUAUACGGGUUUACAGUCGAUCAUAUGUCAACAUUCUUCAAGCAUAUGAAAGUCAAUGAUAGAGUCAUCGGAUAUAUGCAUAAAAAGAAAAUUGACGGCAAAAAGUUUUCAACGUUGAAAGACUCUGAAUUGGACAAUUUGGGUAUUAAUAAUCCUAUUGUGUGCUUCUUCCGGGAAAAGAGUAAACGUAAAAAGGCUGCAUUUAUGUUGUAAGAUGUGAGACAAGAAAACUGUUUACUUAUAAUAUAUUUUCUAAAUCAAAACAAUAGAGGCAAUGUUAUGUAUUACAUGAGACGUUGACUACUUUCGAAAAUAUAGUCUAAUACCGGAUUCUAGUAUUGCAUGACCAAUAUUGUCCUCAUUCGUUAGUGUGAAUAGAAUGAGUUUUUACUGGCCUCAGUAGAAAUGAAUGAAUGUUUUAUUAACCUGAAUGUUUUCAUUGAAUCUUCGCAACUAGAUAUUUACUCUGAUACUUAUAGUUUCUCCAAAAGCAUCAGUUAAAAAACUGUUACUAUGCAGGAAACUACUACUAUGGCAUACGCCAUCGUAAGAAUUUUUAAUGAAGGGACAUGUCUCUGUUGGUAGUGGCUUACAUUACUGGACACUAGUAAAUCCGACAACAAUCUGGAUCAUGCUUGUUUGAUGUUCAACUGUUUAAUACCACAACAAGAUUUGAAUAUUAUUGAGAGUGAGUGUCUGUGAGCAAUGUCCUAACCCUCUUUAUACAAAAUGUCAAAAACUUUUUAAAUCAGUCAUAGAUUUAUACAGAGUCAAAUAAAUCAUUUAGUCUUCUUGAAAGUAAAUUGUGUAUGAAGACUAUUUGGAACUUGAAUUUAACCGCACCAGCUGUUGUGACUGGUAUGUAACCCAUUAUAUAUAUAUAUAUGGGUUUAAUUGAAUAUAACUAUAUUCAAAUUGUAUAUAGCUUGUUCAUAUUUUCGAUAGUUUCCAAAACUACACGGAAUACUUAAUUGGUGAUAUCUCAUCCUGAGACACAGAAAUCUUCAAUUCUAAAAUCCCUAGCAUGAUAAGUCUGAUAUUCGAAUGAUAAGAUUCCCUUUCAGUAUCUGAUAGGACUUAAUUUCAGCAUCAGUAUACUUUAUCCAGAAGGAAAUCUAUAAAGAAGUCUGAAAUACUCAUUUAAAGAAAAUUUUCACUCUAAAUGAUACGAUGACUGUGUGUCACUUUAAGUUAUGUAUUUCGUGGUUUGCUGGUUCCCCAUGAAUUGAAAUUACCUAUAAUUGUUAUGAUAUAUGUGAUUAAUGUUGAUAUAAUUUGAUAUUAUUUAUUAUAAAUAUUACUAUAAC